GCAUACUCGCCACUCUCUCUCUCUCUUUCCUACCCCACCACGGCAUUCACAUUCGCCAUCGUAAUAUCUUAUCAUCCCCAUCCCACCCAACCUUUCGGCUUUAGGCUUUAGCUACAACCAUCCUCUCCCCAACUCACCGCCGUUUGCCGCUUUCCGUUCAUCCUUACCUCGGUCGUUCCUGUAUGGAGGCAGUUCGUUAUCAAGACUGAGCGGAUUUGAGCUUUUUUCCAAAUUGAAUUAGGAGACGGGCAUGUGGGUAGCUCUUAAUUGGAACCAUGGAUCUAUUUCUGUAGUGUUUCUUGACUUCUGGGGCCGAACCGCGGCCGAUUAGCUUCAUUUAAGGUCUUUCUCCUUUUGGCUGAGAUUUGGGAAUUUUCGACUCUGAUCUGUUGUGACUGCGAAAAGAUUUCUUUCGACUUUUUUUAAUUUCGUUCUUUAUAGUGUUUUGGGGGGUUUUUAUCAAUAUUAGAGUGUUGGAAAUCUGGUAAUCCGAUAAAUGGAGGCCAGAAUUGGAGGUCAAGCUCAACUCUUUUAUGAUUUGGGUGCAGCGGAUUUGAGGGCGGUGGGGAAAAGGAGUCUGGAGUGGGAUCCCAGUGAUUGGAAAUGGGAUGGUCAUCUUUUCCUUGCCAGACCUCUCAAUCCCAACCCAUCAUCAAAUUACCAGAGCAGGCAGUUUUUCCCACUUGAAACUGGAAUCUCCACAGCCGUGGUGUCAUCCACCUCCAACAGUUCCUCCUCUUGCUCUGAUGAAGUAAAUAUUGGGUCUGAGAAAGAGACAAGAGAAUUGGAAAAGCGGCAGAGGGUUAUUGUGGUUGAGGAAGAUAACCUUGAAGGUGGGGAGACUGGUACUCUUACCUUGAAGCUUGGAGAAAGAGGGUUUCCUAGUAAUGAGAGGGAACUGCAAACCUUGGAUGGAAACAUUGGGAAAAAGAUCAAGUUGUCUGGACCAACUUCAAACCGUGCCGUUUGUCAAGUUGAGGAUUGUGGGGCAGAUCUCAGUAAGGCGAAAGAUUAUCACAGGAGGCAUAAGGUUUGCGAGAUGCAUUCCAAGGCAACCAAGGCACUUGUAGGCAACAUUAUGCAGCGUUUCUGCCAACAGUGCAGUAGGUUUCAUGCACUUCAAGAGUUUGAUGAUGGGAAACGAAGUUGCCGUAGACGUUUAGCUGGUCAUAAUAAAAGGAGAAGGAAAACACAACCAGAUACUAUUAGUAAUAGCAACACCAUGAAUGAUAGCCAGGCUAGUGGUUAUCUACUGAUGAGCCUACUGAAGAUACUCGCCAACAUGCACUCAAACAAAGGGAACUCUACAGAAGAUCAGGACUUGCUAUCUCACCUUCUAAAGAGCCUUGCUAGCCAAGGUGCCUUGUCUGGGGACAAAAGUAUAUCUGGGAUUCUACAUGAGUCUUCAAACUUGCUGAACAAUGGGCCUGCUUUUAGAGAUUCAGAUAUGAUAUCGGCCUUGAUCUCAAAUGGGUCUCAAGCCCCUUCAAGACCCAAAGAACAACCUUGUACUGCUUCUGCUUCCAAGAUGCCAACGAAAGGAUUGGAUGUGCAUGAUGUUGGAGUUGAAGAUAUGCGAGCUUCAUCUUCCCAAAGACCAGUUAAUAUGUUUUCUGUUGAAAGCAGUUCUUUGGUUACUGCACCAGGUCAGGAAAGUUCGGCUGGCAGGAACAAAUUGAUUACUUUUGAUUUGAAUGACAUGUAUGUUGAUUCGGAUGAUGGAAUGGAAGAUGUAGAGAGAUUGCCUGUCCCUGCAGAUGUGGUUACUGGUUCUCUUGAAUGCCCAUCAUGGGUGCAAAAGGAUUCUCAUCAGUCAAGUCCACCUCAAGCAAGUGGGCAUUCAGAUUCAGGUUCUGCCCAAUCACCAUCAAGUUCCAAUGGGGAUCCUCAGAGCCGUACAGAUCGUAUUGUUUUCAAACUCUUUGGGAAAGAUCCAAGUGAAUUUCCAUUCUUGUUACGUGCACAGAUUCUGGAUUGGUUAUCUCAUAGUCCUACUGACAUUGAGAGCUAUAUUCGGCCCGGUUGUGUCAUAUUAACUAUAUAUCUUCGUCUACCUGAAUCUGCUUGGGAGGAGCUUUGCUGCAGUUUGAAUUCCAGUUUGAGUAGACUUCUGGAUGCCCCUGAUAAUGACAGUUUCUGGAGAAAUGGAUGGAUUUACGUUAGGGUGCAGAACCAAAUAGCAUUAUUGUGCAGUGGUAAGGUUCUUGUGGAAACGUCCUUGCCUUUCAACAGUUAUGAGUACAGUACGAUUGUAAGUGUGAAGCCCAUUGCCGUACCUGUGUCAGAGAGAUCUCAAUUUACAGUUAAAGGCUUUAACUUAUCUACGCCCUUGGCAAGGCUACACUGUGCAUUAGAAGGGAACUAUCUUGUUCCAGAAGCCAGUAUAGAGGAAUCAGAACAUAGUACUGAGCUUGAGGAGCAUCAUGAAAUCCAAUCUGUAAAUUUUACAUGUUCUUUUCCUGAAGCAGCUGGUAGAGGCUUCAUAGAGGUCGAAGAUCAUGAUGGUCUUAGUAGCAGUUUCUUUCCUUUUAUAGUUGCUGAAAAGGAUGUUUGCUCCGAAAUUCGAACACUUGAGAAUGAGAUAGAGUUGAGUCAGAAAGAUUACAUCAAUGGACAGAUUGAUAAAAUGGAAACAAGAAAUCAAGCAAUGGAUUUCCUACAUGAAAUGGGUUGGCUUCUUCAGAGAAACAAUUUGAAAUCUAGAAUGUCGAAAUUGGAUGCUAGUGCAAGUUGUUGCUUUCCUUUAAAACGGUUUGCAGGGCUUAUGGAGUUUUCUAUAGACCAUAAUUGGUGUGCUGUUGUGAAGAAAUUGUUGGACAUUUUUUUUAAUGGGAGUGUGGGCACUGGAGAGCAGUCCUCUUCUUUGAAACUUUUAUUCUCUGAGAUGGGUCUCCUUCACAAAGCUGUUAGGAGAAAUUCAAGGCCUUUGGUGGAGCUACUGUUGAGAUAUAGUCCAGAUAGAGUAGCUGAUGAGCUGAGGUUGGAAUAUGAGGAGGCUCUGGGUGGAUGCGAUGGUGGAUUUUUGUUUAGACCUAAUAUACUAGGUCCUUCAGGUUUGACACCUCUGCAUGUUGCAGCCGGUAUAGAUGGAUCCGAAGACGUGAUUGAUGCAUUGACUGAUGAUCCUGGAAAGGUGGCAAUUGAAGCAUGGAAGAAUGCUCGAGAUAGCACAGGGUUUACUCCAGAAGACUAUGCUCGUCUGCGAGGGCAUUACUCUUACAUCCACCUGGUCCAGCGGAAACUAAACAGGAAAGUUUCAACAGAGCACGUGGUGGUUGAUAUUCUUAGCGCUGUUGGGGAUGGAACAUACAAGUUGAAGCAAAACGAUGGUGGUAGCAUGAGCUUCGAGGUUUCAAGAUCCAGAUCCCGAGAGGUGGGUUGCAGGGUGUGCGAUCAGAAGAUGGGUUAUGUAAUGAGGGGGCGAUCGCUACUUUACAAGCCGGCUAUGCUGUCAAUGGUGGCAAUAGCUGCUGUUUGUGUUUGUGUUGCUCUUCUAUUCAAGAGCUCACCGGAAGUGCUUUACGUGUUCCAACCGUUUAGGUGGGAAAUGUUGGACUACGGUUCUAGCUAAGCUAAGCUAAUUAAGGUUGCCGGCCGGGGCUAAUGUAGUACGCUUCGUCGGUCCUUAAUUUGUAUCUAUCUGUAAUUCUGUAUGCAUGCGUGAAUAAAACACUGUAUACAUAUAUUUAUGUUGUACUAUAUAUAUACGACGCCAUUUUUGGGGACUCCAAGUAAUUAAGCAUAUUUUCUUCUCUUA